GCCGAAGCCUGGGUGCCUCCAAUCAUCUGCCUCGCAUGGGCUCGUCACGGCCAUGCUGUGCUGCACAGAGCUGCAUCUGCUGGAGGACGAACGAGCGGGCCAUGGCGGCCAUGGCAGCCAUUUGCUUGGACCGCUUUCUGCGCUCGCUGUGGUGUGCGGAUUGCUGUCGCCGUCUCGAUCCGGCGUCGCUGUCGGAUCAUCCCCGGGCUCCUUUGCUCAUCGUCAUCUGGCCGGAACAGCACCAUGGUCAUCCGCAACGUGAUCUUCGACCUCGGCGGGGUCAUCCUCAACCUCGACUACAACCUGACAUCCAAAGCCUUCAAGGACAGCUUUGGCAUCGACGACUUCAACCAAAUAUUCUCGCAGCACCGACAGUCCGGGUUCAUGAACGCCUUUGAGCGGGGCCAGCACAACAUCGGCUCGGAGGACGGCCAAACCAUCCAUGCCUAUCUUCGUGCGAUCUUUCCGAAGCAGCUGGGAUCGGCUUCGGACUCGGCACUCGAUGCAGCCUGGAACGCCAUGCUGUUGGAUAUCCCGAUGGCCCACAUCCGCUUCCUGCAGCGACUCCAAGGACUCGGAUAUCGCAUUUUCUUGCUCUCCAACAUCAACGAAGUGCACGAGAAGGAAGUCGACCGUAUCAUCGAGCGGGACGUCGAGGGCGGCCUCCCGACAUGGAUCUCGCUCUUUGAGCGCAUCUUCUACUCCCACAAGAUCGGAAUGCGCAAGCCCGACGAGGAGACCUUCCAUCACGUCCUGGAAGCAUGUCCACUGGGCUCGCUCGCUCCGGAGGAGACCGUAUUUUUCGACGACAGCAUCCAGCACGUCCAAGGCGCUCGCAAAGUCGGCAUCCAUGCAGUCCACAUCAAUGGCGAUAUUCAGUUGCUAGAUGUGCACGACAUCAUCAAGGAUCUUGAUGCACGACCGCACCAAGAUGCGAGCUCGAAUGUCGCGGCAGAUGCAGCCCCGCUGUAGGAAUCGGUCGGCUGGCCAUGGUGUGGAUCGGCGCUGCCGCAGCUCCAAGCCCGACCGGAUGACUUUGUCAAA